UUCUGACGCAGCCACAUAUCAAGAAUGGAAACAUAAAAAGAGAAAGAAGCCAUGCUUUCCACUCUCAGAUUGUCACUACACCUCUUUCCGGCACACGCAGAAUCCCGUCAGCAAACCAAAAAACAGUUUUCCGUUGUGCGCAUCCAACAAAAAAGUAAAAUCACAUUGUUUCCGUGACAGGGAAAAGGGAAAAAGGAUGGAAAGAAAUACGCCAACCAGCCAGUCGAACUCCCGACACGUUGAAAUCCGCAAAAAAAAGAUUAAUCGUACUCCGUUUCGACGUAGUCAUGUAUUAUUAACUUCAUUCGAUCCAAUGCAUCGUUGGGCAAGGCGCACCAUCGGUAUCCGUAAUGCGGGUUCCACCUUUGUGGGGUUUUAAACCUUAGGCCUUUUCAUUGCUGGUAUAACGAAGGGUCUGAUUUCCAAAACGGUGAAAAGAAGAGAAGCCAGCGAGAAAGAUUAUGUCCUCAUUCUUCAUGUAAAUGUAGAUGUUGCUGUGCCGUAAGACGAACGAGGGGCGAGGGGCAGGCGAGCGGCAUGACUUUCUUCCCUGUGGCUGUGGAGAUGGACCCCCUUCCUCUCCUGUUGGGAUGUUGGGAAGAUAAGGCCGGUUGCUGGCUAAGACCGCCGCAGUAAAAAAGACUGCGCCUACUCUGUAGGCCUCUUUGUUGAAAACGAGUCCGGUGCGUAAAAGCGCACAAGUCGUAACAAGAAGAAGAAGAUCAACAAUAAGAAGAGAAGAAACGUCCAGCGGACAAAAAUCGAAAAACCGCGAACUGCCUUUUGUGUUUGGUCAGGCCCGCGCUUUGCAAUCUUUCGGGCGGCUCGAUUUCUUCGAAUCUUCCUGUCCUCCUUCUCCACUUCAUCAUUGUCAUCGACGAUGAUAGUCCAUGAUCGCAAUGAACAAUAGAUGAUUAUAAUUUAAAUUGUUUUCUUUUUUCCUGGUUAUGGCGAGCUUGAAGUUUAGUUUCAACUUUACAUUUCGUCAAAUUUCCAAAGGGCGUGUGGAACAGAGUAAACAUGCCUAAAGAAUCUUGUUUAGCUUUCUGCUCAUUGUGGGAAGACCAUUUACACAGCAAUCACUUUAGGAAAUCAACGUCCAGUAUAAUUCACUUGGUGGCAGUGUUUCCACUUUUGAUGCUAGCAAGCCUCCUUACACCGUCUGUCACUCCUGUCACUGCAAAACCACAUAAUAUACUUGUGGACACGGAUGUAGACACGGAUGAUUUUUUUGCCAUACUAUACCUUCUGAAGCAAAAUAGAUCAGAAAUCAACUUGAAGGCAAUUACCAUCAAUGCUAAUUCUUGGGCUGAUGCUGGGCAUGCUGUAAACCAAUUGUAUGACAUUCUUUAUAUGAUGGAUCGAGAUGACAUUGCUGUUGGGGUUGGAGGUGAAGGUGGAAUAUUGCAGGACGGAACAAUGCUUCCAAAUGUUGGGGGAUAUCUUCCACUUAUUGAACAGGAUUUGUCAACUGUUGGUGGUUGUCGGUACAGACAGGCUAUACCCCCUGGGCUUGGAGGGCAGCUAGAUGUGGACACGAAUUUUGGUAUUAGAAAAGCUUUUCUUCCACAGGGGAACAGAGGAUAUUCACCUCUGGGACAACCUACAGCACAAGAAGUGAUCAUUCAAACAUUGUCCAGUGGUCCAGCUACAGUGAUCAUAAUUGGAGCACAUACUAAUUUUGCCAUUUUUCUAACGACACAUCCCCAUUUGAAGAAAAAUGUUGAACACAUAUAUGUCAUGGGUGGUGGUGUCAGAUCAAAGAACCCUACUGGGUGUUGCCCUGAGAAUUCCAGACCAGUCUGCAGGAUUGGGCAGUGUGGUGAUCAUGGAAAUUUAUUCACAGGUUACACUAGUAACCCAUAUGCAGAAUUCAAUAUCUUUCUUGAUCCAUUUUCCGCAUACCAGGUUCUUCAUUCUGGCAUUCCUAUCACACUGGUUCCACUUGACGCAACAAACACAAUACCAAUUAGCAAGGAAUUCUUUAUGGAAUUCCAAAAGAAACAAACGACAUAUGAAGCACAAUACUGCUUUAAAAGCUUAAAAAUGGCCCGUGACACAUGGUUUGAUGACCAGUUCUAUGCAAGUUAUUUCAUGUGGGAUUCUUUUACAUCUGGUAUAGCAGUAUCAAUCAUGCGAAAUGGGCAUGUCCAUAAUGGGGAAAACGACUUUGCUGAGAUGGGGUACAGGAAUAUCACAGUGGUUACCUCAAAUACUCCUUACGGAAUAUAUGAUGGUUCAAAUCCAUUCUUUGAUGACCGUACUGUUCCAAAGUUUCAUUUGCAGAAAGGUGGAGUGCACAGUGGCCAUGUACAAAUGGGACUUCUGGAUCUGUUUUGCCUUGUUAAAAAUGGAAAAGGAAAAUGUCAGGAUGGAUAUACAAAGGAAGUUACCGGACCUCAUUCAGCACGUGUUCUUGUUGCAAAGAGAGCAAAACCAAACAGAGAUCCUGCCAGCUUGCUUGACAGAGAGUUUUUCAAUGAUUUUCUGCACGUUCUUUCUGCCCCUCAACAAUCUGGGAGGUUUAACCUUACAACCCAGUUUCCCUAUUACAAAGAAGUUCUAUAUAUGCCAAAUUUUGGAAACAACAUAAGGGGGAAGGCUGUAGUUUUUGACAUGGAUAUGAGUAUUGGAGAUUUCGUGGCUCUCAUUUACUUAUUGAAAGUUCCAGUGAAUGUCAUUGAGAUUAAGGGGAUCCUGGUAAGUUGUAAUGGCUGGGCAAAUGCAGCCACCAUAGAUGUCAUCUAUGAUCUGUUGCACAUGAUGGGUCGUGAUGACAUACCAGUUGGUCUUGGAAGCUUCUUUGCACUGGGGCAAGAAAAUGCAUUACUUUCUACAGUCGGAGAUUGCAAGUACAGGAAGGCUAUUCCAUAUGGUAGUGGUGGUUUUCUUGACUCAGAUACCCUUUUUGGUUUGUCUCGGAUGUUACCACGCAGCCCAAGAAGGUAUACAGCUGAAAAUUCUGUAAAGUUUGGAGCUCCAAGAGAUACUGAUCACCCUGAACUACGACAGCCAAUAGCAUUGGAAGUUUGGGAGUCCAUAGCAAAGACAUUAGAUCCAGGACAAAAGGUUACAAUAUUGACGAAUGGACCUUUGACAAACAUAGCAAAAAUUUUAGCUGCAGGGCAAAAUGCAACCUCGAUCAUUGAGACUGUCUAUAUAGUUGGUGGAUAUACCAAUGAGGCUAACACACGGUCAGGGGGGAACGUUUUCACAUUUCCUUCUAAUAAAGAUGCAGAAUUUAAUAUAUUCCUUGACCCUUUGGGAGCCAAGGCAGUGAUUGAGUCAAUACUCGAUGUCGUGCUUAUUCCCCUUAACAUCCAACGAAAAGUAUCUUCAUUUAACCACAUCCUGAAAAACCUUAAGGUAGAAAAGACACCUGAAGCAAAGUUUGUCCAUCGUCUUCUGUCAAGGUUGUACCAUUUACAGAGAAAGCAUAAAAGCUACCAUCACAUGGGAAUGUUCUUAGGUGAAGUACUUGGUGCAGCAAUUAUGGUUGCUGAUCCUGUACUAAAAGCAGACAUGGAUGUUGCACGAUUAACUGUCCUGGCAAAUGGUGACCUGUCCACAGAUGGCCAAAUUCGUGUUGAUAAGCAAGGCAGUUUAAUCAGGAUAGUAUCUACAUUGGACGAGUUUGCAUAUUAUGGUCACCUCGCAAAUCUUUUAGGUAGAAAAAACCAAUCGGCCGUCAUUGGCAGUUUUAGAGAACAGAAAAGAAUCUGGACCACACCAAAUACCGGCAGAAAUUGGUAAAUCUUCAAGUUUUUGGCAGGUUAGUUAUUCUUUGUCAAUGCAAAUAAUAUUUUCCUGUCCAAUCAUAUUCGUUCUUUCUUCAAAUGCUUGCGUUCCAUGACCUCUUGGUAGUAAUUCAAUGAACUCUCUUCUCAAAUUCGAGGGGGAUCGAAGUAAAAGUUCAUGAAUAAAAAAUCCUUGACAGGUCAUCAGGACAGAUAUUGCUUCGUUGCAUGUACUUGAUUAGCUUUUUGUUGUAAUACUCUCUCUCGGUUUUCGUCUGGUGGAACUGGUUCUAUUGCUUAUACUUUAAGCACUAAUGAGUGAAAAAAUGACAUUAAAUAUUUAAGGGUUGGCCGUUAUUCGUCCACCCUGCUGGUUCGUUCACCUAAGGGAAGAGCACGGUAGGUUGCUUCUAUUGAAUAUGCAAUGCAAUGUGCACCGGCUGAAUUUGGCAUUGAUGUAAGUGCAUGCUCUUAAUUUAAGAAAUCCUUACUGGGAAAUAAAUCCAGCUCUUGUUCAA